UUUCGAAACCACGUUCCUCUCUCCGCCUUCCCUCUCCCGUCAUCGCUCGUCAGUCGUCACUCUCCUCCUCCUGCUCCACUGUUUUAGGAGAGAGAGAGAGAGAGAGAGAGAGAGAGAGAGAGAGAGUCGAAGCAAGUGGAGGAGAACAACAAUGGCGUCGACGGAGGCCUCGGCGAAUUCCUACAUAGGUUGCUUCUUGAGCAUACUGUCCAAGUCGGAGAUGCGAUAUGCUGGCGUUCUCUACCGCAUCGACCCGCAAGACGCGGUCAUCGGCCUCGCGAACGUACGAUCUUUUGGAACAGAAGGGCGAAGAAAGGAUGGUUCUCAGGUCCUUCCUGACGACAGAAUUUUUGACUACGUAAACUUCAGAGGGAGUGACAUAAAGGUAUUGCAGGUUUUAUCUUCAGAGGCUCAACCUGAAAAAGUUACGUCAGACCUGCCAGAUGAUCCAGCCAUCAUACAGGCUUAUUUGCUUCACUCUUCAUCUGCACCUGCAAUCACUCCACAGACCCCCACAAUAAGCGGACCCAAUAGUUCCAGUUUAGGAAUUCCAAAUUUGGCCGUCCACCAGAGUCUUUCUUCAUAUCAGCCCAUACAGAACUUGACAUCAUUCAGUUCAUUGCUCUCUACAAACGCACUUGCUGCUGGGCAGCCCAUGCUAUUACAUGUGCAAGAGUUCAAUAGGAGUAGAGGGCAAGACCCUUAUCCUCAACAGCAGUUACUGGCUGGACUGCCGCCCGGUCUGGCUGCAUAUCACUCUCAGCAACCAAUGCAACAUCCUGUCACAAAUUUAUUGACAAUGAGUGUUGCAGCUACUUAUGGAUCAUCUGAUUCUUUGAAGCCCCCUGUUGUCAUGGAUUCCUUGACACCUACACCGAUUUUCAUUCCCUCAGAUCUGCCACUGGAUCCUGCUUUAUUGAUUCCGGACACAUUGCCUAAUGUGGCAAGGGAUUUAUUGAGUUCUAGUAUAAUGUCAAUGUCUUCGGCAGCAAAGUAUUCUAGUACUGCUGGUCUGAAUAUUAGCCACAUACCUCAAGUUAUCCGUGGAGCAAACUUUGUCCAAGGCUCUGGGUUGACUCUGGAAAGUUUGGCUCAAGCUACUUCUUCUAUGAAUGAAUCAGGCUGUCUAAAUCAUAUGGAGGAUUUGAAACCAUCACCGAAGACCCCUUGCCAAAUUUUACAGACUGGGGCCCAUCCACUUUCUUCAUAUCAUUUUCCUAGAAGUGCUCAUGAAGAUGAAGAGGUCGUUAAGUUUUUGACUUCUGAAUCGCUGCCAAGGGAACCAACAGGUGCUCAGGCACCCAUUUUGCUUCUUCCAAAACCAUAUGCCAAAAAGGUGUAUAAGGGCAAUCUGCAGAAUCGCAACAGUAUUACCAGCAAGUUGGCAGAACGAGGAAAGAGGCAUAAAGGUGCUCCUCAGUACAUUGAUAAUCAUAAAGCUUAUGGAGAGGGAAAAGGAGAGAAGAUGAGAACAUCUAAUGUACAGAAUCCGAGCGAUGCUGUGAGCAAGGUGGCAGAAAAAAUAAAGAGGAUCAACACAGCUGAUUCUUGUCUUCAAAUCACUAAGACCAAACCAUGGGAAAGGGAAAACAAGAUGACUAGGGCUGAGUCAAGAACUAACCAAAACACUAGCAUUUUGGGGAAAGGAGGAAAGAAGUUCCAGAUAGAUAGGGCUGACAGGCAGCAUCAUCAAACUAACAAGAGCAUCUCAGUGGGAAGAGGAAAAAAGAUUCCACAUUUGGCUGCCAAAUAUCCAGAGGAUUUUGAUUUUGUGGCAAUGAACAAGAAAUUUAACAAGGACGCAGUGUGGGGUGAGCUUGGCAAGCAGAAUGAAGCUCACCUAAAGGCAAAAGCAGAUGGUUGUGAUCUUCCUGCUGAGGAUGAUGCUGAGCAUGUAGAUGCUGCAAUGAAAUUGGAUAAGAAGCCUGGUCAUGUGAAGGACGAUUUUUUCGACUCACUUUCAACCAUUCCACCUGGGCCAAGAAAGCAGAAAAUAUCUGAACAAAGGAAGUCGGAUAUGGAGACAUUUGGUUAUUUCCAGGUGCACCAAAGGAGUCACGGUAGCCGAACGUCGAGGCUUGGUGGCAAUCCAAAGGUCUUUUCUGGCAGAAGAGAAAAUGGUAAUGCAGGGAGAGGCCGGGCGCAUCCUAUUUGGAGCCGUGUCUCAUAGGAAACUUGACGGGAAGCUUACAAAUACUGGAUACAUAGAAUUAGAGCUCUGUACAGGGGCUUGUUCUUGUCC